AUGGUGGCAUGGCGAGGACCUAUUAGAGAUCACGCAGAGCUGACCUCCUUACCCAGUUCUGCGGCGAAUUCUCAAUCAUAUCGUUGUCAUAUUUGCAUUCGUAUUACCAUACACACAACAUACGCUAUGCAGAAGAAUGGACAACAAACUAGUUAUGGCUCCAGCCGGUUCAUAUCCUCCAGUCAUCCCAAUCCAUCCUGCAGAAGAAAGUUUCACGUGCCGACUGGUAGCGGAGGGAGAGAUGGAUUCCAUCAAGUUGCACAAAUGAUGGAUUCCAUCAUGCUGGAUACUUUUGCACCAAUGGGUUUCACCAAAGUCACAGCUCGUCCUAGUCGCCCUCAAAGGCGAUCUCAUUCACCCCCUCCUCAGUCGAGAAAUAAAGAGGUUCAGACAGGGAAUAGUCACAGGCGAGCUUCUCCUUCUACAUCUCCAAAUUCAAAGGUUUUAACUAAUAAAUGGGUUGCCUCAUUACGGAAAAGAGAUCCCGAACUCCAGCCUACUCUUCCGUCCAUCAAUAAACCCAAAUCCAAUGCAAGCUUAAAUUUUCCGAAACCUCGUUCAUUUGAAAAUACCAAUAAUUGCCUCAAUGCAGUUGCCUAUAAAAGGGAAAGACGUUCAUCGAAAACACGACAUGUGAAAAAAGGGUCAAGUGAUGAAGGAAGAGCAGCAGAUGAGAUUAAAGAAGAUGGAAAGGAAAACAGUGAUGACCCUAAGGCUGAAAUGAAAGAGAUGAGGUUUGAACCGAUUGGUUAUGAGCACCAUUUGGUUGAAACAAUUGAAAAAGACAUUUUGCAAAGAGACACUGCUAUCAGGUGGGGAGAAGUUGCUGGUUUAUGUGAAGCCAAGAGUGUUUUGCAAGAGGCUAUGGUCCUACCUUUAUUGCUUCCAGAUUAUUUUAAGGACAAGUAUACAGCUGCCAAGAAAAAGGAAAACAAAACUGUAAGAUCCGCAAAAAGAGAAUUCCUCAAAGAAAGAUUGCAAACCAGUGAGGAAAACUGUCAGGCUGGAGAUAAACGCGUAAUCUACGCAGACAUUAAGAAAGAAAGGGUAGGAUAUAAAGCAAGGUUUUAUGCUCCUUCAACUAUUUUCAUAGAUGAGAUAGACUCACUCUGCUCUCAGCGUGGGACUGAUUCAGAGCACGAGGCUUCUCGCAGGUUCAAAGCAGAACUUCUGAUACAGAUGGACGGUAUCAGUUCUUGUGGAGAUGAAAAAGUAAUCAUGGUAUUGGCAGCUACUAAUCACCCGUGGGAUAUUGAUGAGGCUUUUAGGAGACGAUUCGAGAAAAGAAUUUUCAUUCCUCUACCUGAUUAUGAAACUAGAAAAGCACUUCUUCAGUUGUGUCUCAAAAAUGUCCAGUUAGAUCCUGGAAUUGACUGUGAAAGGAUAUCUAAACAAUUAGAUGGAUAUACAUGUUCUGAUAUUAUUAAUGUCUGCAGGGAUGCAGCGUUGAUGAGCAUGAGGCGAAAGAUUAUGGGUCGCUCACCAGAAGAGAUCAAGAAAUUGACAAAGAGUGAAGUGGACUUGCCCGUUACUGCCACUGAUUUCAAGGAGGCCGUGAGUAAAUGUAAAAAGAGCGUCAACUGCAAGGAUAUAGCUCGCUAUAAGAACUGGAUAGACGAAUUUGGUUCUUGCUGAUAAUAAAGCCACUUGCCAACUGGAUAUACAUUAUUUAAGUUCCUUAAGGCUAUUCUCUCUGAUUUGACUAAAAAAGCUUAAUUUUGUUAUGUUUCUCCAGUUGGUAAGUUCUCUUGCUGACUGAAAAAACACUGCUCUGAAUUUUGAAAUGACUCAUUGAUAUGACUUUUAACUGAGGGUAACUACUAUUUCUACUAUCGAUAUGCUGUUAAUUAAUAAAUUAUCUUAAUUGUUUAAGCAUAUUUAAAUUUAUUAUAAUUAUGGCCGAACAUAAAUUUAUAAAUUUUUUGGCAGAAAAGACUGAAUUUGAUGUGUGUUACAAAAUGAUUGCCAACCCAACUCUGGUGAAACCAUUUAAAAAAAAAUUGAAGGAUUCCAGAAUGAAAGAAUUGCAUUUUUAUUUAUAACAGGUUUAUUUUCAAUUACAUAUUUUUUUAAAAGAAUGGCAACUCAAGUUAUGAGAGGAUUCAAGAUGAAAAAAAAAAAUUAAAAAAAUUCUUGAUAACCUAUCUUGCAUUCAGGGAUGAGAAGUGGGGCAGUGAGGGUAUCAUUCUCCCAAAUAUUUGGAAAUCCCAAAAUUUGUAAAGUUUAAGAUAUUAGAAUCUACUUCAAACUGCCAAAAUUAUGGUAAAAUAUUGUUUUCAUAAUUACUUAUAUCUUUUCUAAGUUAAGAAAUUGAGAUUUUAUUGAUACUAUGCUGUUUGAAUAUAAUAGAAAAAUAUUGUUUUCAAUAUUGAAUUUAAGUGUCAAAAUUCAUAUCAUAUAAAUGAUUUAAGAAAAUCAAAAUAUCUCUUUAUCAAAUAAGUACAUCAUAAUUUUUUUAAUUGUAAGUUCCAGGAAAAUUUUGUACCAACUAUUGAUAAUGUUGUGAAAUUUUGUUCCAAUCACUGAUGUGCAAUAUUGUUCUAAAUAUAUAUAUUUUUUUUCUGUCCACCCAUACCUCAUUUUUUGGGCUAUACAGUUUUUUUUCUAGGCCAGAAGAGAGGGUUAAAAGGGCAGGGGAAUCAAUGCUAGAGCUAAAAGCCCACUGGCACUGGAACACGAAAUCGUAGUUAUUUUAUCAUAUAAACUUUGGUUUAUCAGGUUGCUGGGCAACGUAUGUUUUGAACAACCAUUAGUCCGCUCAGCUACCAGAUGCCUCUUGUUCUAAAUAUUGAAAUUUUUAUGAAAUUUAAUUCCAACUAUUAAAGUUAUUGGUAAAUUUUACAUUUUCCCAUGAAAAAAUAUUUGUAGUGACUUCCCUACUUGUUUGGUUGUCAUAUUUGUCUCCUUGUGACUUAUUGAUUAACAAACGCCUGAAUUAUUAAAUGGACAAAAAGCACAGAGACUAUGUUGUCGGUAAUCUGAUUGUAUUGAGUAAUAAUUAUCAUCUCUUAAUGAUUCCAUAGUUUGUCAAGCCAUAGAUGUUUCUUAUCCAUUAUAAUCCUAGCUAUACUUUAGUCCUUGGAUUUUUUUUUCUGUAAAAUUUAUGUAGUGUUGGGAUGAAAAAGAUAUCAAAUCUAUAUUAUAUUUACUAUCAAGUUAUAUAAAAAAUGAACACUAGUUUCUAAUUCAUGGUGUUAAAUAAUUAUUAGAAUGUGUGUCAUGAACUGUAGAUUAGUAUUUCAUCCAAGAAAUACAAAAUAAUUAAUUAUUGAUUCUUCAAUUUAUUAUUAUUUUUUAGUGUUCAACUGUAUGAUAAUCAUCAGUCUUAAUAUUACUUCCAUCAUAAAAAAUACUGAUUUGAAACACAAGUUUGGCCAACAGAAUAUAUUUUAUAAUUAUAUAUAUGUAUAUAAUUAUAAUAUAUAUAUAUAUAUAUAUAUAUAUAUAUAUAUAUAUAUAUAUAUAUAUAUAUUUAAUGAAGGGUUGUGUUUGAUACUCUUCAAUUCUUUCAUAUUCCCUACCAAUUAUUUAAAAAAAAUUCUUCUAAAUAAUUACAGAUAAAAUAAUCUUAAUUGUAAGUAUUUUAAGUGGAUAGUAGAAUGUUAAAGGAUAUCCACUUUUCUCAUUAAUGAAUUCAAUCAAAAAAAUGUUAUCACAAUGUCUGUUAUUACAACUUCAAACGCUUUUUUGUGAUAUCAAAAGUAGUGCUAUUGUUGUAUGAUACAAUUAGGAGUAUUGUUAUCUAAAUAUUUUCGAGUUUAUAAAAUAAACGAACAAAAAAGACACUAACAAUUGUAUAUUGUCUCAUUUAAUGUUUGUAUAAUCGUUUAUGAAAAAUAAUUUUUGUAAUUUAUUGAAAAAUGUUUAAAAUAUUAAAGAUAAUGUUUUAUAAAAUGAA